UUCUGACGAUGAAGAGACCGAUAUUGAGAGCUGCCAUCAAGAGAUGGCAGUCCCAAGAUGUGAACUUAUGGGGAAAGAUCUGUCAGGUAGUCCUGUACUACACGCCCUGUCACAAAGCAACCCCGCAGCGCCCAACUGCCAGGAGUCCCCGUCUGUUGCUAGAAACCCAUUUCUCAGCGACUCGGCAAAGGCACCAGUUGGUUCCUUGGGCGGGUUGAAAGAGCCUCAAACCGGCGAUUUUUCACUCCCUACCCCAGCGUCUGAUCACGCCUCCGAUUCAGGGCAAGUUGGCCAUAUUGUUACCUGUCGGAAGAAACGAGGAGGCGAGCCAACCGAAGGCGGCAGCGCGAGCCAUGGACUAUGCCCGGCUAAACGAAUGAGGCCUCGGAAAGUCGACAACGGGACAAAAUCACCGGCUCUGCCACCCAGGACUUUACGCGCAUUGCCACCUCGAGUCCCGGCAGAAAUAUCAAGUAAGAGGCUGUCAAACGAAAUUGAAACACAGCCUCGUCGCUCGGCCGAAACACCGGAACGGUGCAAGGAAGCAAGGCAGGGUCGCUCGCGAAAAAUAUCGCCUAUUACCUCACUUCGCCCAAACCACCUUUCUAGGAACCAUGAUCAGACCGAGAGGUGCGGAUUGGUUCCCCCUCCGCCUAUCAACACCACGGCGAACCUACCAGUAGCCACAUGCCAUGCUUGCGGCUUUUCUGCGAAACACCUAUUACGCAUGAUCAACACUUUCGAGGCUCUCAAUGGGGGUAUCGCUAGGUUGCCUGAUGGUGAAAGACGAAUGGACAUGCUUGAGCUAUUCCUUGGGUUCAUCAAAAACUAUGCUACGGAGAGACUUCCACACAACGAACUAAUCACGGGGGAAGACGAACCGUAUAACACGACACCCAAAGUGGCAAUGAUUGUUCUGAUGAUUACCCCAGCCCAGACAGUCUUGAAGAAAACGUUAAAAGGUCUAAGCGGCGCCGUUGGACGGAUUGGGAAGAGGAGCGUUUGCGUGUAUACAUUGAAGAGGGGAAGGAGCGGUCAUGGAUUGCAAACAGGCUGCAUCGAAGCGAGCCAGCUGUGACUCAGCAUUGGGUGAUAAUGGAGAGGCAAGACAAGGAGGCAGCAAAGUGAUUCAGGCAUAUUUGCUACUAAGUUGCCAACGACUUCAGAGAUCUGUCAUUUGAUGUCUUGCAAGACUAACAUCAAACGUAUUUAAU